UGACAAACUCAUGGCUAUAUUCAGGAUUAUUUUCUGGGCUUUGGGAAGCCUCGAGAAGCUCCGAAAGAAUCUUUGAGUAAAUAAUUUUUCAUUAAGUCUGGAACGUGGGAGAUUGCAGAGAUUCUUUCAUUUCAUAGAUUGAACAAUUAGCGCCAGUUUGGUGCUCGUUCUCAGCUUGAGCGGAUGAGGCUGGAGAGAUUUUUUUUCUGUGAGAAGUUUUUGAAGAGUUUUGAGGAAUUUCUGUGAGGACAAUGCGAAUGUACGAGAAGGAUGGCGGGAGGAACAUCCGGCACAAGAAUGUGGGAGCAAUUGAAUUUAUCCGAGAUUUCACAACGACCCUCAUUGAGGGCAGAUGGAGGUACACACUGAGUAUCUUCAUGUUCAGCUUUGUGGGCUCCUGGGCGGGAUUUGCUGUGCUGUGGCAGCUGAUUGCGGAAGUGAACGGGGACAUGGAGAUUGAUCCACUUACGGGAGAUUACUACGGGCAGGGGAAGUCAGGCUGCCUGAGAGGAGCGCACGACUACACGGGCUUCUUCCUGUUCAGUCUGGAAGUUCAGGUGACAACGGGGUACGGGGAGAGGUACCCUUCGGAGGAUUGUCCCGAAGGGAUGUUCAUGCUUGUGGCACAAAUCAUCGUGGGGCUCAUCAUUCAGGGAGUUAUGGUUGCUGUUGUCUACUCAAAGCUCACACGGCCUCCACGCCACACGGGGGAUUUUGUUUUCUCCCGGAAUUGCGUAAUCUGCCUCCGAGAUGGGGUUCUCUGCCUCCUCUUCAGGAUCUCGAAUUUUGCUGAACAUCAGCAGAUAAAUUCCCGCGUGGAGGUUUACAUGUGCAAAAAGAAUGGAGACAGAGAGACGGAUGAUGUGAAGCUGGAGCUGGAGAAUGAUGGGCAGAUUACCCUCUAUCUGCCCCAGAUUGUCUGCCACACCAUCACGGAAGAGAGCCCCCUUUUCGGCUAUUCAAAAGCCGAACUAAUGGCGGCAGAUUUUGAGAUUCUCGUCACAUUGACGGGGAAUUCCAAGGCAACGGGGCAGACGAGUCAAUCGAGGACUUCUUUCCUGCCACGAGAGAUCCUCUGGGGCUAUCGCUUUGUCAACAUCAUUCACUAUGAUCAAAAUCUCGAAGCCUACACCAUUGAUAGUCAGCAAUUUGAUGGAGUUUAUCGCGUCGAUACGCCUCUGUGUAGUGCCAGGAGGCUUCAGGAAGUAGCUGAGAUGCCUCCUGAUGAUCUGGAGGAGAUUAAAUUGAAGCAGGACAACGAGGAUUCUUCUUACAGCCUCCAGGAGGACAAAGAACCCCCGGAAAAUUCUCUAAAUGACCCCCAGGAUGAGAAUUCUCAUUCUCCUGGUCAAUCUUCGCAAUCCUGGGAAGGAUUCGAUGGGUACCUCUCCAAAGAUUCUGAAGAAUUCAAAAAAUCUCUUUUAUAGAUUUUUCUUUUUACCUUUUCUCGUCUUCUGGAGGAAAAUCCAGAAGUUUCUCUUCCUGA